UAAAAAUAUAAUAACUAACAAUAUUAGAUAGGAAAUGGAUUUAGUGCCUCCGUUAGCUGCUGUUCAUGCAUGCAGUGUUCAACCUCUAGAAGAGUAUGAUGCACCACGUGCGCCUCUGCUGCGACAAGUCUCUCUUGACGAGGAGCGUCGGGACGAAUGCCAGGGUCAUUGGAGAGGGGCUCACCUCUUGGGCGAAGAAGAGGAAAAAGGUGUCAGACUGUUCAGAGCUUUGUUGCUCCAGCAUUUGAGGCUAGAAGAAUUGAAACCACCACCUUGUAUUGUGGCGACAGCUAAACCAGACCCAAGAGGUUGGUGGAUGUACUGGCGUGACUGGCGAGCCCUGGAACGGGCGGCAAAAAGGUUUAGAGAAACAAAAGCGAGAGCGAGACUGGCUGCCAGAGCUGAGCACAUAUCCCUACUUUGCCUUGAUGAAGUUGCCUUUGAGGACAUUAUGCAGGAAUUAUGCCAGGCUUGUGCUCAUAUCGAACAACGUGCUCUAGUGGUGUUAGCAUUUCUGUGCGAAGUAUGCGCGAGAGCGGUUCGCGUGGGGGGCUGGUGCAGGGCGGCGGACUGGGCUGCCAGACAUGUGGCCCAAUGCGCAACGCCGUGGGCAAUCAGACAUGGAGGUUGGAGUGCAGUAGUAGAGAGAGCAGGCGGGACUCGCAGAGACGAUACAACGAUACUGGCCGGAGCGGCGUUCGCGGCGCUACUAGCAUUUUUACUGUUUUGCCGCGUGAGAAUGCGCCAUGCAUUGUUGUAACUACCCUCCUGCAUCGAUUGGGUCAUGUAACAUUAAUUUGUCCAUUGCGACAAUGGCAAAUUU